GGUGAAUUGAAUUGAAUAAUAAUAUUAAAAUGGCGACGCGGGUCGCAGCAUAACUAAACAAACUUUGUGACCUUUUUGUGUUGUCUAGUGAAUAUGUUGUCCUCUAUUUUCGCUCGUGUUGUCUAACCCAGCAGAAAAAUUUGUAAACAAUCAUGUACAAUGGAAUCGGUUUACCAACUGCUCGAGGAUCUGGAACCAAUGGCUAUGUGCAGAGAAACUGGGCAGCUGUGCGAAAAACAAAGGACAAAGUUAAUUACAAAACCGAAGAGGAAUUGGAAAAACUGGACGCAGCAAACAACCGACAACCCAACAAGGAAAUUCUGGAUCAUGAAAGAAAAAGAAAAAUUGAAGUAAAAUGCAUUGAACUGGAACAGUUAUUAGAGGAUCAAGGAUGUCCUCAAACCGAGAUUGACUCCAAAAUAGCUGCUUACCGAACCAUGCUGCUGGGAAGUGACAGCAAUGCAGAUGAGAAACCUUGUGACGAGUACGGCAGAGUUAUUGUGAAAGAGACUCACCAGAUGGCAGAGGCGCAACUGGAGAAGAAUGCUCGGCUGAGAGCAGCGUUUGGCCUCAGCGAUACAUUCGUGGAGGGCAGCAGUCUGGCGCGGCGCGGAGCACAAGAUGGCAAUCAGGGCUACACAUUGGUGCGGACUCCCAGCCCUGUCCCUGCCCCACAACCUGACUCUACCCAAGCCAAACGCAAACGUCGCAAGCGAGACAGAUCCUCCACUCCAGAUAAGAAGAAAGAGAAAAAGAAACGCUCCAAGAAACAUAAGAAAGACAGAGCUGAAUCAGAAAAGAGAAGCUCAAAAAAGAAACGUUCAUCAUCUAAGGAAAAAAAGAAAAAGAAAAAACGGUCUCGUACCUCAUCAUCUUCUACGGACUCCCAAUCUGACUCUUCUCAAUCAAGCAGCGAUGAAGAAAAGAGGAAGCCCAAAAAGAAAUCAUCAAAGGUUACUGAGAAAACCAAGGGGGCUGGACUGAAAAAUAAAUCAAGAUCCGAUUCAAAAUCCUCUAGAGAUAGCUCACCCGAUUCUGUAGUUGAAAAAAGCCGUACCAAUUUGAAAAAAAAAGGAUUAACUAAAGAAGAUAAAACAAAGUCUAAGAAGAGGCGAAGUAGCAGUGAUACAGAAAAGAAAGUAGACCAGUCUUCCAAGAACCAAAAAUCCCCUGUGUUGCAUAGAAAAUCACGAAGUAGAAGCCAGUCCUCCAAUGUUCGGGGAAAAGUAACAAGUUCAACUUCCCGCAAAGUAAAAAGUAGGUCAAGGUCAGUGAGUAAAGAUAAACUAAAAAGGAGGAGAAAAAGCAAGAGCCCCUCAUUGGACAGAACUUUAUUAAAUAGCAAAUUAAAAAAGUUAAAACGAUCUUACAUGAGUCCUGAGAAAAGGUUUUUAAGAAGUGUUUCAAGAUCUAGGUCUAGAGAAAAACCUCAUCGUAAACAGAGUCGAAGCCCAAGUCCCUAUAAGAAUAAACGAAAUAAAAACAGGAGUAAAUCUCCAUCUCCAUACAAAAACACUAAAGAUAGUAAUCGGAAAGAGAAAAUAUCCUCUAACACAAGGAAAACUUCUCGAAGCCGAAGUAGGUCGUACAGUUAUCGAGAAAAGUCUUCUAGUCGAGAUUUAAAGUACGGGAGGUAUAAUUCUAGAGAUGAAACAGAAAGAAAGAAAUCUCCUAGAAGAGAAAAAUCUAAAAGCCCUUACAAAGCAAGGAAGCCGAAAGGGAUGUCUCCUGCUGAAAGAAAUCAUAAUGCUAGUAGCAAAGCCACAUCAAAAAGAAGUUCCCGAAGUCGAAGUCGGUCUUUGAAAAGAUACAAAAAAUCCAACAAAACCAAGUCCCCACAUGGUUCUUCUAGAUCAAGAAGCAGAAGUAGGUCCAAAUCUAAAGUGUCUAAAAUAAAAAGCAGUAAUAACUUAAAGGGUAUUUAUGAUUCAAAAAGCCGAAGUAGAUCCAAACAAACCUCACCAAAAAAUCGUAGUAGAAGUAGCUCUAGACCCAAAAUCAAAUCUCGGAGUAGAAGCAGGUCUCAGAGAGCUAGAAGAAGUAGAUCCAUAUCUCGCAAUAAACCUGGGAAAAAAAAGAGAAGAAAUAGCUCCGGUAGUUCGAGUUUGAGUUAUUCACCGGCUGAGAGAAACCCUGAACGCUACGCUGAUGUCCUUCCCAAACCUGUGGUUAGAUUGCAUGAAUCUAGUGAGGAAGAAAAUGUUGAUGAUAAAGAUAAAGAUGAAACCGAAGAUGAGCGUGAAAAGGAGUUAAGAACUUUGAGGAUACUGAAGUCUGGAUUGGCCGCAAAAGCUAAGGAAUCAUUAGAGAAAAAAUUGCCAAAACCUGUUACCAAAGAUUGGACAACCGAGGAAUCCAAAAAACUGAGUAAAGAAGAGAAGACAAUGCCUGGAAAUGAUAAUGAAGAUAAACAUUUAACAAAUACAGAAUCACAAGAUACAAAACAAGUUGAGAGACCAAGUGAAAACAAGGGAACCUCUCCUCCUAUGAAUGUUUUGCUACCCAGGGGAGCUGUCAAUGGUCCCAAGGCAAGGUCUGGAUCCGAGUCACCUGCAGCUUCAUCUCCAUUAGACCGAGGAGCCCUAGCCUCUCCUCAGCUACGACCUAGGCCCCGUGGCAAACCUAGGUCCUCAUCCUCUUCCUCUGACUCAUCAGACGACGACGUCAAGAGGACCUCCAACUCCUCAUCUAGUGCCAGUUCCUCACCCAAGAGUGUGAAGAGUUCUUCCUCAUCAUCACGUAGCAGCAGCAGCAGUAGUGAUGGUCGCAAGUCAAGGUCAAGGUCAAGGUCACGCUCCAAGUCUGCCAGCAUCCACAAGUCUCCUAGCAGGAGUCGCAGUGGGUCUGCUGUGGGUCGCAGCAGCAGGUCCAGGUCUCCCAGUCUCUCUCACUCUGACAGCUCCAGGUCAUCUCGCUCUCGUUCUCCCUCCAUCCCUAGACGUCGCGGCUCCCCCAGCUUUCUAGACCGCCGUCGCAUAACCAGUGCUCGGAAACGGCCAAUUCCCUACCACAGACCUACACCUCCAACACCCUCUAGUGUGAGUAGCUGGUCGUCUCGUAGCGGUCGUAGCUGGAGCCGAAGUCCAUCUCCACCCAGCCCAACGUACUCUAAAUAAAGCUUCAACACUCUUAGAUAUGGGCCAUAUCUCAAUUCAUUAUGUAUCAAUCAGCAAUGUCACAAAUCAAACCACACGGACCAAACACAAGAGUCGAUGGAAACUGUUUGGUUAAAAGCUUGAAUUAAGUUUAUAUAAGCUGCUUCAGAGCUUCAAAGUAAUUAUUAAUAUGAAAUCUGUUUUCAUAUUAUAUUAUUCUAUUUAGUAGGUCUGAUUUAAUAGGUAGGCCUACUUGCUUGUUUUUCUAAGUACUAGUUUCAUGUUAGCAGUAAAAGAACCUCUUCAGAAAAAACUACAAAAUCUCUUAGUCAUAUUUGAAUAUAAUAAUUAUUACCUGGUUUAGCCUACUUACAUUAUUGUAGUUCCGAAGAACAUAAUAUUGACAAAAUAUCUAUCUGCUUUACAUUAGUUUACAUCUAAUCAUCAACUAAAGUAGUUGAUUAAACUAUGAUGCUCUGCAGCAAUUAAUUAUAAGGCCAAGACUUGAUUGAGGACAUUUAAUUUGUUCAAGGACUUUUUGCAAAUUUUUGAAUCGUCAAAAAUAAAAGACACUACCAAACAAAUACUAACACUGUUUAGUGUUUUCUGUAUUUUAUAAUUAUGCAAUUGUGGGAAAUAGGUUAAAAAGGAUGGUGGAGGGUGGAGAUAUGGAGCACAGUACAGGCCUAUCUUAGUACUAGUACCUAUAGAUCUGAUAAUCACAAAACAUCUAGCCUCCUACUUUGAUAGGUUUACACUUAUAAUAAGGUGUAAUUGGUUUUGAAGAAAUCAAUAAACCUCAUCUGGAAAAGAAUAAAUUCUCAUGAAAUAUACUUGUGACUAAAGUAAAUUAAUUAACUGAAUAGUGAAUAUAAAUACAAAACCACAAAUGGUAGGUAUUAAAAGACAAAGAUAUUUUGUUUAGAUUAUCCCCUAAGACUUACAAUGAGAUGUUGGGCUUAAUUGUUCCAAACUCGGACUGUACUGUACUUUUUGAUUAAAGUUACAUUCCAUUAAGAAAGUAGUUACGUGAUUCGGCUAAUAUAGUAUAUUGAAAAAACAAAAUUAUUGUUGGAGGUACAAAAAUCUAACUUCUUGUUGUUAUUAUUGAUGCAACCAAAGUAUGCAUAGUGUAGUAUAUUAUGUAGAUAUUUUUGUUUAUCUUGUUGUACAAGUUUGAACUGGUCACCUAUGGCAUUCCUUGACUGUGAAUAUUUUAUAAAGCUUGUGUAUAUUUUUGCUAGUCAUAAGUUCUAGUCGUAAAUAUUAGGGGAAUAAAUAUUUAAAUAUUUAUCAAGCUUUCAAGAUGAUCUCGUUUGUUAGGUGUAGAAAUGAUUAAUGUAUCUUUAGUAGUUAACUAUUUUUUUUUUUCGGUAGCAUGAUUUUUAUUGUUUAGUUUUAUUUUAUUGUUAUUUUUCAUUCCUAUAUUAUGUGAUAUUACUUUACAUUAUUAUUUUUAUUGUAAAUAGAUAAAUUUAUUUAUCUCUAAUAGUCAAAGCUAUAACGUAUUUAGUAUGAUGCUUAGUUUUAUUUUAGAGCAGGCCUUACAAAUAUUUUAAUUUUUAACCUAAUUAUGCAGUUAGUUAUACUGUAAUGGGCUGUAGGAAUAACCUUUUGAUAUUAAAUUAUAUUCCGUAAAAACUUGUUAUUUAUUUAUUUUAUUUUAUUAAUGUACAGUAAUUUAUUUGUGUGGGUUUGCAUUUGCACCUAUUAGUGAUGAUUUCUUGUAAAUUGUAAAUAACUGUAAAGGAAAAGUCCUGAAGGUUCAUUUUGAUGAGAUGUUUCCAUAAUAUUCUUUACCAUAAAAAUUGUUACCUAUUUUAAUUUGCUAGCUCAUUCUUUAAUAACUGUGAUAAUUGAAACAGCUCAUAAUCAGUAUCAUAAACCAACCCUACACACACAUGCUUUUGAGAAGUUAAAACCGGUAUCCCUUAACAUUAACUUUUUUUCUUAUAUAAAAUUUUUUUAAUUAAAGAGGUUAUCAAACCGUUAUUUAGUUGGUUAAAAUUGAUUGAUUGUUGAAGCAACAUACUAUGUGUACGCUCAUUCUUCCCGUACAUUGGGACAAAACGAAGACAGGGAAUAAGGAUGAUUCUGUCCCAGACAAUCUCAUUACGGUACUAAAUCUUUUUUGUAAUACAUAUUUUUAUCAUUUCUCGUCCAAGCAGGCUUUCAUACUUUUAAUGUAACGGCUCAUAGUUGAAUUGGGAAAAAACUCAAUAAUAGUUUAAACAAAUUAAUUACAAUAUUUUGUAUUUUGAAGAAGAUUAAGUUCUGUAAUUUUUUUGUAUAAUUAGCAGAGUUUGUAUUAAUAAAUAAAUCACAAAUUUACGGAGGGAGUAAAAGUAAAAUAAAACAAAGGUCAUUAAACUUAAAUUUAUUAUUUUAAACCUAUAAAAAUCACCAGAUUUUUCUUUACAACAUAUAGACAUGUUAUAAUCACACAGAUCUAAAAACCACUUUAGCACGUCAUUUUUUUAGCAAUAAAUUAACAGAAUUUUUAUACAAGAGCUUAAGGGGGAAAGUGUUGUUAUACGUGUUAUCAUUAUAAUUCUUCAAGUUUGUUUGGGCAACGAGUUUAUUGGUCUAGUAUACAGAUGAACCGUCAGGGCUUGUUAGAUGUAUGUGUUAUUGUGUUAUUAUCUAAUUAAUUUCUACAUUUCUAAAGGCAAUGCCUCAUUGUCAGAGUCAAAUCUAGUCAUUAGGUUAAGCUAUGAUUGUAAGCUAAAGCUAGUCACGUUAACCACGGAGACUUAUUUAUGUGAUAUGUAAAAACUAUACAAAUAAUUUCAACAUUCUGUGCAAUCGUAAAAUUUAUUGUUUUGUGUUGUUCUGUGUUCAUCUAAAAUAUAGCGUAAUUUAUUAAACUUUGUAUUGGUAGUUUUUUUUUCUUAAUGCAGUGUUUGUUUGUAUUAAGUUAAGUUAGCUUUAAGUAUGUAUUCUAGUCUAUAAACAAUCACCUAUAAAAGGCGGUCUAGUCUACUUUAAUCACUACAUACUGAUAUUGUUAAUAUACGUUAAGAGAUUUCAUAGCAUUUGUUUCAAAUGUAUUCAAUGUUGAAAUAACUAUUAUUUCUAUAAAAAUUGGGUUUGUUUAUACUUUGCAUUCUAUUCUCCAAGCAUCGAGACUCAUAUUCUUAUACUUAUUGAUAUUAAAAGAAGAUUUAAUAUUUACACUCUCUAGAUCAUAGUAAUUUAAAUUAUUGGCCGAUUGCUCAUCUUGCUAGGUUAUAAAUCACUGAAUCGCUUUUCCCUUGGUUUAUUAUUUAAUAUAACUUUCUAUAAACUAACAUGUUUUUUUUUUAUUCUAAUUCACUCUAAGUAGUACCAGUAGUACUGUAACGCAAUAUUUUUUAAUAGACAAUUACAAAGCUUUUUCAGUGAGCAAAUAUGAUACUUUCUUUGAUAAUACUUAAUUCAGCAAAUUGUCUAACAAUAAGGACGAUAACCCACCAAUUUUAGAAUAAUUCAAUGUAACAUAGUGUUAAGUAAGUGUGAUAGGUACUUUAUAGAAUUUUGAAUUAUCUUUGUUGUUUCGUAACGUAAUACAAAGUAUGUUUGUUAAAUUGCCAUUGUGCUAUUUUAAAGUGACUUCCUUACAUAACCUUUUUAGUGAUUUUGCAAAUCGUUUUCAAUAACAAUAACAACAUUGUGUGUAAUAGUUAACUAACAAUCCACUAUCAUAACAGACAACAGAACAUAUAUUUUUAAUUGUCUUUAUUAAACACCAACCAAUGAUUUAUCAUGAGGAGGCUUAUUUUCAGAUAAUUCUUAUGUUAGGGUCCAAGUUCCCAGCAUUUAAAACAUAAUCUAAACUUCUUGUUAUCUUGUACGGUAUAGUCAUCAUUAUCUAAAAGUGGAAGAUUUAUACAAAAUUUUGGGUCUUAAACCGGUAAUGAGUUUUAGACUACUUGGUAUGUUUUACACUUUCCCUAUUUUUUAUUUAUUGAUUAAAGUUUCUUUGAUAUGCCCCUACAAUAAGUAACAAGAAUAGUUUAAAGAAACAAAGCUUCACUCCAGCAGUGCUUAGUAAUGAUAUUGUAACAAAUAGUGUGUUGUGCCAGUAAUAAAAUAAGUUAUAGAAUAUUUAAUGGAAUCUGUUUAACUGUUAACAAUGCCACAUUUUGAACAUUACAUUAGAUUAUUAACACAAGUUUUCAAUACCAUGAUAGUAAUGCUUGCUAUAUAUAUUUUUUGACAUAUUAUGUCAUUGCUUAAAAAGUUAAACCGUCAUCAGGUAUCACUUAUUUUUCCUUGUACCUGGGCAAAAAAUACAAUACACAUUAAACAGUGCUUUAUAAGCCAAGCAUAUUUUUUAACAAAUAUGAUCUCCUUUAAUUUUCUCUCAUUAGUUAGGUAAUAGGAGGUUUUUGUUUACCUACACUAGCGUCUAAAAUACUCAAUGCAUACCAUAAUUUUGCUGUUAUUUUUACACUAUUUAUUGUAGGAUAUAGUUUUUAUUUAUUGUCUUAUUUAUUAUAAAUUAUUAAUUGUUGUAAGUUUGAUGUGUCAUAGUGAAAUAAAUGAAUUCCAAACAAGA